GACCAUCGAUACGACGUCACUCUACUGCUUCUAAUGUCUAGAAGACUACUAUAGAAGAGCAAAACCUAAGCGACGUAGUAAGCAGCUUUCGGCGGGAUCCAAGUCUCUAAUCUCUCCGUCCAUCAUUUCCGUCUUUGAAUCAGGUUUUAUUUGAGCAUCCGAGGUGCUGCUUCUUCGUAGCCAUGGCGGUCGAGAGGAUUUUCAAAGAUGAAGCUAGCGAAGAGAAGGGAGAGCGAGCGAGAAUGGCAUCAUUUGUGGCUGCGAUGGCAAUUGCUGACCUGGUUAAGACGACCCUAGGGCCAAAGGGAAUGGAUAAAAUUUUACAGUCGACUGGCAGAGGGCGUGAAGUCACAGUUACUAAUGAUGGGGCCACAAUUUUAAAGUCUCUUCAUAUUGACAAUCCUGCUGCCAAAGUCCUUAUUGAUAUUUCAAAAGUUCAAGAUGAUGAAGUUGGUGACGGGACAACUUCUGUUGUUGUCUUGGCCGGGGAGCUUUUAAGGGAGGCAGAAAAGCUUGUGGCUGCUAAGAUUCACCCAAUGACAAUAAUAUCAGGUUACCGAAUGGCAGCUGAAUGUGCUCGCAAUGCCUUGUUACAACGAGUAGUUGAUAAUAAGGAGGAUGCAGAGAAAUUCAAGUCAGACUUGAUGAAGAUUGCGAUGACUACCCUGAGUUCUAAAAUUUUAUCUCAAGACAAGGAACAUUUUGCAAAACUGGCUGUGGAUGCCGUCAUGAGGUUAAAGGGAAGCACUAACUUGGAAUCUAUUCAAAUUAUCAAGAAGCCUGGAGGAUCAUUAAGAGAUUCCUUCUUAGAUGAGGGAUUUAUUCUUGACAAGAAAAUUGGUAUUGGACAACCAAAGCGCAUAGAAAAUGCGAAGAUUUUGGUGGCAAAUACAGCAAUGGACACUGACAAAGUGAAGAUCUAUGGGGCUCGUGUUCGUGUUGAUUCAAUGUCUAAGGUUGCAGAAAUCGAAGGGGCUGAGAAGGAAAAAAUGAGAGAAAAGGUGCAGAAAAUAAUAAAUCACGGGAUCAAUUGCUUUGUGAAUAGGCAGUUGAUUUAUAAUUUCCCAGAAGAACUCUUUGCAGAUGCUGGAAUACUUGCAAUUGAGCAUGCUGAUUUUGAUGGUAUUGAGCGCCUUGCUUUAGUGACUGGUGGUGAAAUUGCAUCCACUUUUGACAAUCCAGAGUCAGUUAAGCUUGGACACUGCCAGCUUAUUGAGGAAAUUAUGAUCGGUGAGGACAAGUUGAUCCACUUUUCUGGAGUGGCAAUGGGUCAGGCAUGUACAAUAGUACUGAGAGGUGCUAGCCAUCAUGUGCUUGAUGAAGCUGAAAGGUCUUUGCAUGAUGCCUUAUGUGUGCUGUCUCAGACGGUCAAUGAUAGCCGGGUUUUGCUUGGAGGUGGAUGGCCUGAGAUGGUGAUGGCAAAAGAAGUAGAUGAAUUGGCCCGGAGGACUCCCGGGAAGAAAUCUCAUGCCAUUGAUGCUUUUUCUCGGGCACUUGUGGCUAUUCCAACAACCAUUGCAGAUAAUGCUGGUUUAGAUAGCGCUGAAUUGAUAGCUCAGCUCCGUGCUGAGCACCAGAACGAGGGAUGCACCGUUGGCAUUGAUGUCAUCACUGGAUCUGUGGGGGAUAUGGCUCAGCUUGGUAUAUCUGAGGCGUUCAAAGUUAAGCAGGCCGUAUUGCUCUCAGCAACUGAGGCAGCUGAGAUGAUUCUUAGAGUGGAUGAGAUCAUCACUUGUGCGCCACGCAGAAGAGAAGAUAGGAUGUGAAAACUAUUCAAGAUGAUUUGUUCCAGGCAACGAGUAUUGUAAUGCACUCCCAAUUUCCAGACUUUUAGGUAUGAUGUGAUUUGUGGAACUGAUGGAUUUAUGCUUGUUUGUUUUGCCUUUGGUUGGAGAAGGAAAAUGUAAUUUAUGGCCUUUUUGCGAGACUUCCUACAGUUCUGUGUGUAAUGCCCCUUAUUAUCAAAUUUUGGAUUUAGUAUUUGAGUUGUCAAUCAGAUGUUAAGAGUCAUGUUCAAUUUCAGGAUAAGCUUAUAGAUUCAAGGGUUUUUUGGUCA